ACAAAUCGUUCUGUUGUCUUUGGUAGUGUUGGUGAAAGCUGAACCGAAUGUGUACUGCGGGCGGCGGCUGGCAAUGGCGCUGGCUAUGGUAUGUGGAUAUGAUGAGAAGCGAGACAACAGAGCUUGGGCAUUGGACAAUAGUCAGACCAGUUCUUAUGUGAGAUCGGAACCUUGGCUUGGCGGAACUAUGCCCGGAACGAUAAGAUCUUGGUCAUUGGACACUGCAGCGAACCAUAAUGCAGAGAAUGACAUAGGGGCUUGGAUAGCGCUACCAGUUCGAGACAGUAACGAAGCCGACAAGAACGUAUUGCCUUGGCUUGCAAUGGAUACUCAAGCAAGUCACAAAGGGCCCUGGUUCAAUAACAAAGCAGAAAAGAGCGUAGGGCUAGAACUGGAGACUCAAGCGAGUAACAAAGGACCCUGGUUGGCACCGCACGAAGCGCGCACUGUUAGCCGCAGCAAGAGGCAGAUCGUUAUGGAGUGCUGUCUGAAGGCCUGCUCUGAAGAUGAGCUUAUGACGUAUUGUUGAUAAUA